GGCUUAUGGGACAGCUGGGCGGGGCCGGGGAGGGCAGGGCCGCGCGGAAGUCCUGACCUGCAGGUGGCGCCGGCCGGAGGCUGGGGCGUUGCUGCCACCAGUGGGCGGGGCAGCGGGGCAGCGGGGCGGGGGCACCCUCACCUGUCCGUGUGUGGGGAUCAGCCUGGGCUCCGUGGCCUCCGCUUGCACCGGACGUGGACCCAGGCUACCGGUGGGCAAGAUAGAGGACUGAGCCCAGGCACGCACGGCUGGCCAGGUGGGAUCCCCACCCCCGCUCAGCCUUCUUUCUGCAUGGAUGCUGAAGGACCAGGCUCACUUGAAGUUCUGAGUUUGAGCAGUAAGGUGGAAACAAAGAAACCAAUGGAAACAAAGAAACAAGUCAUUGUGGCAAAGCUCCCCACCACAGAGAAGCUGCCCUGAGUGGAAGGGAGGGUGUGGGCAUGCCCAUUUGUUUCGUGUCUCCCAGUGCUCUUCGCUUUCUUAUUGCAGACCUGCAUGGUUACAACAAAAUGAUCUGCAAAACUGAAAAUAUUUACUCUCUGGCUUUUACAGAAAAGGCUGACCAGCCUCUGGUUCCCGUACCGGUCAACUGAUUGGAGUACCUUUCCAGUUUGGAAACAUCUGGGCAGGCCCAGCUGGUAAGUUUACUUUUCUACUUUGACCAAGCAAACUGAAGCCAACAGAAGAGAACUUUCACCAGCAACUCCCAGCACAUCCGCUCGCCUUCUGAUGUCUGUGACCUCACUCUCGCUGCCCCACCUCUUAUUACAGAUUGAACAGGAUCCAGGGGGAAUUACCAAGCCUGUCCCAUCGGCCAUCCUGUGUGUCAUGUCCUGUGACCCAGUGGAUGCUCAGCACCCUCCAGCUGAAGAAACAGAUUGCCUUAGGUACAUGAAAGGUGAGGACACCUACUAUCCCCAUGGAGCCCAGGUGGGGCUGGGAGUCUGCUGUUUGUACAGCCGGUGGGCUCGUGUUGCUUUGGGCAUCCCUGUGCCUGAAUUCCUGCAGUACACUCGGUGCCUGUUUCCUAAUCUGCAAAACUGGAAUGAUGUUAACCAUCCCGCAGUGCAUUCCAUGGUGCAUCCUCGCCUAGAAUUGAGUGGAAGCAAGUCCAUCUCAGAAGGGACAUACCUGAAGAGAAAUGGCUUUCCAGACUCUGAAGGGCAGAGAAAGCACCAGCCUGGGUUAGAGAAAGAGAACAGCAUCUCUGAGCCCGUCCUGGGUGACUUCACAGAGAUCACCCUAGUGGCCCAGGCUAGUGACCGGGAACAUGUACCUUCCUGCAGCCAACCCCAGACGUCCACUGAUGCAUCAUAUACUGGCAAAGAUCCUGGCCUGGGGGGGCGUUGGCCGCCGGAGAUUCGCCAGAUGUUGGACUCCAGCUUAACCACCGGAAGUGGGCAGGAUGUGCUGAGGGGGCGGAGGCAGCCGCCAAGGCAGCGACGGAGGGGGCUGUCCCUGGCCAGCCGGUCAAUUUGUUCCCAUCUCAACAUUUGCUGUCCCAGUUUCGCAGGACGCCCUUCUCCAGUUUAUCCUUCUCCUGGGAGGUGACAUUUUAGGUUAUUGGGUCCCAGAUUGCUGGCACACUCAUCCCUGUUCUCAAACAUCUUUUAAACUUGGGUGAAGUGAUAAGUUGGGGAAGAAGAUGAUUUACUGAAAGUCUCCCGAGAAGAGAUUCAGACUGAACAGCUUUGUGUCGGACUUUGGAAGACCGCUGGUGCCCAAGGGGUUCUCUGGCAGCACAAUGACGAAUCUAGGUCCCUCUUUCACUGCUACGUCAAUGAAGUGGACCGCUUGGACAAGGCCAAAGCUGGUAUCCCAACCAUAGCCCUUGACAGUGAUGUUCGGCUCCAGGAAGCCAUCAGAUGCAGCAGGUGGCCAGAGGAGGAGCCGAACGGGCUCAUGAAAUGUGACACCCCCAGCUUCAUCAACACGGACCAGAACUCUUCCUUUGGGGAAGAUGAUCUCCUGAUUUUGGAACCACCUAUUGUUCUAGAAAAUAAGCCAGUUGCCCAGACCUCACACAAAGACUUGAAUUGGAAAUGUGCUUUGUCAAGUGUUUCUCUGAAGAUGUGAAGUCUGUCUUUGUAUGGCAGGAAGUCCCCUUUCACAAAAUUGUAUGUGUUUGUGUCUGAGAGAGAGAAAUGGAGACAGACAGAAAGACGGAGACAGAAGAGAGCCCCCUCAGAAGAGAGCUAGUUAAGCAUCCCAGACUGACGAAGACAGUGGAGAAUGCCUCUGAGUUUGGCACUGAUUGCCUGGAGAAUGCUGAAACCCAGGGAAGUGGGCAGCACAGACGUUUACUCAUUUAAUCCUGCCAACACAGUAGGAGAUAGAGUCCACAUAUUCCUCGCUACUUAAAAGAUCCCUGCCUUCUCUCUGCUCCUCCUGUCCAUGUCUCUUCCUCCACUUUUCCCCUUCUCCCGUCCUCCUCCCAUCUUCUCCGUCCCUCGCUUCCCCACCUUCUCUCACAGAACUCGGAGAGGAUCGCUGGCCCUGCUGCGCAUGCGCAGUCGUUGCCAGCUGGAACGAGGGUUGGAAGCUCCAGCUCCGAGCCGGGGAUCGGCCCCAAAAGCUGCUCAGCUCUUUCGCCCGGUAGGACAUUUGCUCCUGCCCCGGCGCCCCGGCCACAGCUGUCCAGGGCCAGGUGUGCACCUGCCGCCUCUCGCCCCAGCCGGGCUCCCCUGUGUCCGUGGCUGGCGUCCCUUUCCCCUCUCCCACCCGCGAGUCCUCUCCUCCCGGGCUGCCUCUCCUCGGCCGCCAGCCCGUCCCCGCCCCUGGGCGGACUGUGUCCUUGGCGGGCGGUGUCUGCGGACCCGGAUGAGUCGGGCGGCUGGGGCUGGGGCUGGCCUCCGAGCGGGGCUACAACCCGCGUCCCCCCCGUCUUUCCCUGCCCCGCGACCCCGGGGCUGCCCUCCUCUCCCUUUCCCUCUCCCUGGGGACCAGCUCAGUGGCGUCUGCGCUGCUCCCCCGGCUGAGUGCCUCCGGCUGUAAACCCCAGCUUCUCCUGGUGGAGUCGGGAAAAGGGAGCGUCAGUGCUGAGCGUGCUUCCGUCUCCUCCCUCAGUGUUUCUGCCCCAGUGUAAGAAUUCCGGUCACUGAGUUAGAAGCAUGUUUCCAAGCUGUCCGUGUCCUCGGCAUCCAGAAGCGGAGCCUGGAAGCUUCCGAAUUUCUCCAGAAUGCAGUCUACAUUCACCUUCGGCAGGGCCUGCAGCAUGAGCAUCCCUGACUACGUGCAGUGUGCUGAGGACCACCAGACUUUCCCCGUGGUGGUCGAACACGUGGGGAUCAUCUCAGAGGAGAAUAUCUUUUGCAUCUAUAAGUGAAUCACCUUGGUGAGUCAGAUCAGUCCGUGCAGCUCCCAGUGGGCAAACUGUAUCCACUACAGGCACCACUAUGCGCCCAAGAAUGGGUGGAGCGACUUCCAGACCCACCGCAAGGUCUUGGGCCUUGUCAUCAUUACUGACUGCCUCUCGGCCAAGGCUUCGAAAAGCUCCACGUGCAGAGGAGCUGUAUGGCACCACGCUCUAUGACUCUCAGCUCUUUGACUUUCUGCUGCAUGGGGAGGUGGCCGAGCAGCCGCGCACCGAAGUGGCCUUCAAUUUACGAAGACUGCAGGGUGGUGGAGAAGAGGAUCGACGACUUCACUGAGUCACUCUUCAUCUUGCCCAAGUACAAGUGGCUGGAAGGUGCAUCCGACAAUUCUGGGGACAAGAUCCUCCUUCUCUGCAUCCCAUUUGAGAAGGAGGACAUCAUGGGACUGGACACAGAAAGCAGGUGCCCUCACCUCCAGUGGCAUCCAUCCAGACACCAGCACUGACACUGGCCGUGCUCAGAACUGCCUCAGCCCUGAAGACACAACUGACAAAUAGAAGGGGGCUACGCCCUAUGACAGCAGAUGCUCUCACUUUGUGGGUCCUUAUGUAACUACGCGGUGUUAUUCAGGAUCGCCCGUUCUACACUGUGUGACGCUGCUGCCGUGUCUCCUAGUUAUUUCUGAUCUGAGAAGCAGGAGCAAGGAACUCAGGGAGAGAUCCAGGAAGACAUCUGACUCUGUUAAGAGACGACAGUCACAGCGACACGGGGAGCGAGGACACUUGCAGCAAAGUAAAAUGACUUCACAACUAUUGCAUCAGAGCUGCAGGUGUGAGAGAGCCUAAGCCUGUCUCAGAGUGCAGGGGACAAGAGGAAAGGAAUGCGUCCCGAGGAGAGAAUUCAGCAGUGCAGCAUCCUCUCCGAGCUCUAUGAGUUGAUCGGCUGCCACUGCAAGUCCGCCUUCUUAAAGCGGGUGGCAUCCGUGCAGCGCGCGGCCCCCGGCAUCAUGGAGCCUGGCGGGAAGAGUUGCUACCGACUCCUUCUGCAGACGCUUCCUGGCUACAGUCUGUCACUGGAUCUACAGGACCUCAGGAAAGGUGUUGGAAUUAAAACAUCGCUUUAGUCCCAUUAACCAUGCCUAGUUUGGGCCCUGCUGUCCUGUCUCAUCAGGGUGAAUUGUGAUUCGUUUAGAACAGGGCUCAGCAGACUUUUUUCUGUCAAGAGCUUGGGAGUAAAUAUUUAAGGGUCUGCAAACCUCCUGAUCUCUGGUGCAGCUGCUCAGCUCUGCUGUUCAGACGCCAGAGCAGCCGGAGAGUCCACACACCCACAGAGCUUUAUUAACAGCGGUGGCUGGGGCUGGAUUGGGUGUAUGAACAGCAGUUUGUCCCCACAGCCUCCUCACUAUUGACGCCUGCACCAGAGCGUGCAUUUGCGACAAUGGGUGAACCUGCACUGACACGUCAUCAUCACCCAGAGCCCAUACUUAACACUAGGAUUUACACUUGGUGGUGUGCACUCUGUGGGUUUGGACAGAUGUAAAAUGACAUGUAUCCACCGUCACAGCAUCAUACAGAGUAGUCUGUCUUAGUGACCCUAAAAAUGCUCCGUGCUGCACCUCAUUCAUUGCUCCUUCCCCUCUAGCCUCUGACAGCCACAGAUCUUUUAGUCUCUGUGGUUUUCCCUUUCCCAGAACACCAUACAGUUGGAAUCAGACAGUUGCACAGCCUUCCCAGAUUGGCUUCUUUCACUUAGUAAUAUGCAUUUAAGGUUCUUCCAUGUCUUUCCAUGCCUUGAUAACUCAUUUCAUUUUAGCACCAAAUAAUGGUCCAUUCUCUGGCUGGACCACAGUUUAUUUAUCCAUUCACCUACUGAAGAACAGCAUAGUUGUUUCUGAGUUCUGGUGAUUAUGAAUAAAGCUGCUAUCAACAUCUGUAUGCA